AUGAAGAGAAAAAGGGACUCGGACACAGCACCGUCCUCGUCGACGAGUGGAGGUAACGAGUCACUGGGAGCUGAAUUUGACGUGUUCUUGAAUUUCAGAGGACCAGACACUCGCCUUAAUUUUACCGAUCACCUCUAUCACUCCCUGGAUGGAGCUGGAAUUCGCGUCUUCAUAGACAACGAAGAGAUCCAAAAAGGUGAAAAGAUUGGAGGUGAGCUUCAACAUGCUAUCAAUGUCUCCAGAAUUUACGUGCCCAUCUUCUCCAGAGACUAUGCAUCUAGUGCAUGGUGUCUUCGCGAGCUCACUCACAUGGUGGAAUGCUGGAGAAGAUCAAUGGACAAAGUGAUUCUUCCCAUUUUCUUUGAUGUCGAUCCUUCCGAUGUUAAGCUCAGAACUGGAUUAUACGUUGAUGCCUUGAAAGGGCAUGAGGACAGGUUUGGCUUCGAUAAAGUUCAACCAUGGAAGGAGGCUCUAAUAGAGGUCGCUUCGAUCGAUGGAUGGGACUGCAAAGAUAGACGGCAAGGGGAACUUAUAAAACUUAUUACCGAGGAGGUUUGGAUGAGAUUGGCUAGAGGAGUUCGAGUAGUGCCUCAUCAUUUGGUUGGAAUCGAUCAUCAUGUGCGAAAAGUGAUGUAUAUGUUAGGCAAAGACUCUCUCAAUGUACGGUUUGUCGCAAUACAUGGAAUGGGGGGAAUUGGUAAGACAACUCUUGCCAACGUUAUUUUCAACCAAAUCGCUUCUCAAUUUGAUGGUUGCAGCUUCCUGUCAGACAUUCGAGAACUAUCACAACAGGGUAAAAUUCUGAAAUUGCAAAACAGAUUAUUAUCUGACAUCCUGAAGUCUAAAUCCAUAAAGGCUCCUAAUACCGACUUUGGAAUCAACAUGAUUAGAGAAAGAUGUCGCCACAAGAAAGUGCUUAUUGUUCUUGAUAAUUUGGAUAGAAGGGACCAGCUUGUGAAGCUAGCAAAGUGCGGAUGGUUCGGUCCAGGAAGUAGAAUUAUUGUGACGACUAGGGACAUCAGUAUUUUCGAAAUUAACAAGAAUAAUGCCUCAUUGCAUCCUAAAGUGUAUCACUUCUACGAAAUGAAGGAGAUGCGUGAGUAUCAUGCUAUUCAACUCUUCAGUCGACAUGCUUUUGAGAGCGAGGCUCCUCCUUAUGAAUAUGGUAGAAUAAUGAGAGAAAUUGUGAAUAACACUGGCAGACUUCCGCUGGCACUUGUCGUCAUCGGAUCCUCACUUUACGGCAAGAGUGAAGCAGUAUGGGAUGAUGUAUUAACGAAGCUGAAGGAAAGGCCUCACAAAGAAGUUCAGGAGGUAUUGAAGAGACUUAGGGAGAGAACUUGUUCGUCGUGA